AUGGCCUUCAACGCCACCACGUUGCUGUCGGUGCUGCUCGCAGCGACAGCCCAGCUGCAUGCACUGCCGCAGGGAGAGGACCACGGGACCGCGCCCGCGCCGCUCCCGCUGCUCUCCGGCAACAACGCCACCGAUUGGCCACAGUUCAGGGUGAUUCGUGACCUGGAGACGCUGUGGGAGGUGCCAGACCAGGUGGGCGGCGUGCUGCUUGUGGCCCACGGCUGCAGCCACCAGGCCGGCGACUUCUGGCCCGCGUCGCAGCGCUGCCCGGGCUGCCUGGGGCUGCCCGAGGAGAUGGCGAUCCGCGCCACGGCCCUGCGCCGCGGCUACGCCGUCAUCGCCGUGUCCUCCUACAACCGCUCCUCUGGGUGCUGGCACAACACGCAGGCCAGCCGGUCGGAGGACCUGCAGCGGCUGCCGGACAUAGUGAGGGAGGUGGUGCGGGAGGAGGGGCUGGAGGGGCUGCCGCUCUUCCUGUUUGGCGCCUCCAGCGGCGGCGGCAUCGUGCUGCGCCUGGCCGCAAUCAUGGCUGAGGUGCAGGGCGUGGCGGCGCAGGUGGUGCCCUUCCGCCCAGACCUGAUGGAGGGGGGCCAGGGCUGGCGCCGCUUCCCGCCGGUGGUGGUGGCGCACAUGGCGGCGCGGGACCCGGUGUGGGCGGCGCAGGUGGCGGAGACGAUGGGCUACUGCAGGUCUGUGGGCAUCCCCGCCGCGGAGAUCAGGAUCGACCCUCAGCCCAUCACGCCUCAGUUCCUGCAGCGCGCCCCGCAGAUCGACCGCGCCACGGCGGAGGCGAUGGUGGAGGCGCUGGAUGGGGAGGGGCUGCUGGAUGAGCCGCUGGUGGGCGGCAUGAGCCUGGAGGUCAACAGGAGCCCCGUGGCACAGCUGCUGAACGAGCUGCCAGCGAACACCUGGGCCUGGGGCUUGGCCUGGCUGGAGGCGGGCGGGCAGCUGAGCCUGGAGGAGGUGCAGCGGGUGAAGGAGCGGUGGGGGGAGCAGAGGGGCGGGUGA